CAUCUUGAAAGAGUACUUUGACUAAUCACCCUCUCAGCGAGAUCACUCUACGUUUCCGACACUGCCUGUAAGUUUUAUCAAGUUGCGCCCCGUCUAGUGUACCCUGCGACUACAUCAAUCUAAUUGUGGGAUCCCUCAUGAUCAUCAACUCGGCUGAAUGGUGAUAUUCACAGCUCUCCUUAUGGGUUCCCAUCUCAUUCACGAGAAAGAUAAAAAGGUGUGCGCGAAACUUUAGUUUUUGACUUCUCGAGCGAAUCCAGAUGGAAUAUUCGGUUGAUGAAAUUGUAGCGGCCCGGAAUUUGAAAUUCUUAGCGUACCUUUACACAUCGACGGCGACAUUCUGGGCCUAUGACUUCGUUUGUUCACUUCACAAAGAGUGGACAUUCCUACUUCGAUCGCGUUGGACAAAGGUAAAAGGCCUUUAUAUCGUGGCACGAUAUGUCCCAUAUGUCCUUAUCAUCGUCGACCUAUGUCUGGCCUUGACCCAAAAUGAGAACGUCAAGAAAUGCCAGACAUUGAACAAUAUUUCCUCAUAUUUCAGAUUGAUAUCACUCACUUUCUCUGAAUGCUUUUUUAUUCUCAGAACAUAUGCACUCUGGAACAACAAUAGAAUCAUACUCGUAGCCAUGCUGUCCGCUCUUUUGGUGAGUCACAUGCGCGCUCCACACCCUAGCUCAUGUUUGACGAGCCAAUCAGGCAACCAUUGCAUCAUCUAUCGCUAUUUUGUUUACCACUAGUACUGGUGGUUUGUACUCUCACUUUCCCCGCCAUCAUACUAUUCGCUAUAUUCACUUCACUUUCGCAGUCACGACUAGUGCCAUCCCAGGAAUCUCAGGCUGCUCCCGGAGCCCACACGUUGUACGAUUCU